CUGCCCUGAUUGGUUUAGCUGUUGGCCCAGAGCCCACAGGGCGUCUGUAUAAAACUCCCCCGGUGCUGAAAGCCCGAGUCAGACAACAAGAGAGACUCUGAGACCCACAGUGAGCUAACAGGAAGACUGACUUCACUCUAACCUGCUGCAACUGAGAGCGCUGAAACAUGUGUAAAGGAUUAGCUGCCUUGCCCCAAACCUGCCUGGAAAGGGCAAAGGAGAUCAAGUCGAAGUUGGGAGUUUUACUGCAGAAGCCAGAAAAUGCCAUCGACCUCAUCAUCCCAUACCCUGAGAAGGUCGAGAAGAAGCCGGAGAAGCUGCAGAAGCCUACUCCAGAGGAGGCAGCUCAGUGGCGUGAGGGUCUGGACCGAGUCCUGAACAACAGCUAUGGUCUGAAUUCUUUCCGUAGCUUCCUUCAGUCUGAGUUCAGUGAGGAGAAUAUUGAGUUCUGGAUGGCCUGUGAGGACUUCAAGAAGACCAAGAACCCCAUGAAGAUGUCCACCAAAGCCAAGAAGAUCUAUGAGGACUUCAUCCAGUCUGAGGGACCCAGAGAGGUGAACAUUGACCACUUCACCAAGGAUGUGACCCUGAGAAACCUGGUGGAUCUCUCCUCUGUGACCUUUGACCUGGCCCAAAAGAGGAUCUACGCCCUGAUGGAGAAAGACUCCUUUGGUCGCUUCCUGCGGUCUGAGCAGUACCAGGAGCUCCUGGUCAACUAAGAAGGAGAGGAGCCUGAGGAGCUGGGUCGGGGGGUGGGGGAGGUUUCAAACUGCAGUUACUUAAUAUGAAAACAAAUCCUUAACUUAAACACUCCUAAUAAACUACUUUUGUGUAAAACGGUCUGAGAAUCCAAGACUUUUAUUUGACCAGAAACCAAAUUAUAUGAUGAAUUCAACUACAGAAAGACUGCCUUUUGAAAUUACCCCACCUCGCCAACAGCAAACACACCAACACACAAAUAUUCAUGAUCAUUUUUACUAGUGAGGACCUAAUAUUGAAAAACCAAUACCUAUCUUAAUGAAGUGAUCUCCCAAAAUGACUUCACUCAUUUAAAAUGGCCUUGAAAAUCUGAUUGGUUCUCACACUAAAUGUAGAAGUACAAAAACACAGAGUGAAGAUCCACAUCUAAACAGAAACCAGGGUGCCUCUAUGAAGAACAGACAAUUCAGAGUUUCAGUUUGGCCAAAAAGUCAGUUCUUUGACAGUUUAGAUACAAACUGUUUGCAAAGUCUGGUCAUGAAAUUGUCCCUCAACGUGUGCAUCAAAGUGUUGUUGUAGCUUUAGCAAACUAUCUAGACCAGUGGUUCCUAAAGUAUAAGUUGGACUCCCUGGGGCGGACGCAAGACACUGAUUGAGUGGUCAGCAAUUGCCUCAAAAGAUGAUUAAAAUUUGGAAAUGUCUGAAACUGCAUACUUUAUCCAUUACUGUUAAAUCAUUUACAAAAUUACAGUUACGUUUAAGAAAAGCAUGCUAGUGAAAAUGUGACGUUUCACCUCUUGAGGGGGCAGUUGGGGUUGCUGGUCUUUGGCACCCUAGCUUUGAGAAGUUUGGGAACCCUGGGUCUAGAAUGUCAUGUAUACAAGUACACCCUGCUGAAAGACUCCAAAACAAAGAUCAGUUCCAAUGUCAGCAAGAAGAAUAUUACUUUCUUUUAAAAAGGGGUUUCUUGUCUGACUCUGGCAGCCAAUUUACAGUUCAAGAAAGUCAAAGCAUUUCAAGACCAAUCACAUUUUUUGCUUUGUUCUACAGGGUAGCUAUUGGUUUGGAUAAGUUGCUUCAGUUCCACUUUUUUAGUGCCCGAAAUACUGAAUUCAACGCUGCAGGGAGUAAUUCCUUUAUCAUUAUACAUUCAUGUUACAACAUUCAAACUUCACUUCAUGGCACUUGACUCAAUGUUAUUGUGUUAUGCCUAAAGAAGGCCUUUCUUUAAUUUUGCAAUGAUGGAUCCACGUCAGAGUUCAACAAACUCAUCAAACUGCAAAAUGUUUCACAUUUGAACAUAUUUAAAAAAUUGUUUGACCCCAAAAAAGAUUCACCACAAAACUUAAAAAAAAAGUUUAUCCAUUGCUCUCCUUUUUUUGCCUCAGACAUGGUGACCUUUAAGUGCUUUGUGGCUUCACAUGACCACUCUAUUUUUUUAGUGUCACUUAGGCUUUGACCUUUAACAUAUUCAGUGUAUGAAGAAAAAACGAUGGGAAAAUCUUAACCCAAGACAGUUACACGGUUUGAUAUCAGUGGAUUCAUUGAAUAAUAUCCUGCAAGGAGCAAUGGUUUGUCGUUUCAAUAAAAUGACCUGUAACAUAGCCUUGUUAACCCUUUAACAGCGUCAACACUUAAAACAAGACUACCAAAGACUCUCCUUUUCUCUCCUCUACUCUCUCACACUCACAUAAAGUAACUUUGGAUUUUCACCAAACCUCCUUUUUAAUUAGGAUGCAUCCUGGGAGAGUCUUCUCUGAGAACUGUGCUGGCUGGUUGGCUCAGUGGUCGAGCUCCUUGGCUACCACUAAACUGCAAGUUGCUAAGAUGGGAAAACCUAGUGGGAGGGAAUCUUAUUAAAAGAAAGAAAAGAGCAAUGGUUUAAACAGAGGGAUGGUGUUUUCUUUCCAUGCGAUUAACACCAAAGUUGGAUGCAUCCAGGGUCACUUAAAAAGUCAGAACCUGGUUUUAGUGUGAAUAACACACCAGUGAAAUCAUGGGAGAUAGACCUUGCAGGUUUGCAGCAUAAGAUGAUGCUAAUCAUAGCAAGUUUAUAUUUCUAAUAUCACCAGCCACUGACAAAAUCGUACUUAAAUCCAAAAUGAAUUAACCAAAGCGUUAAGUAAAGCAACACAUGAAAUCUGUAGUCACAGUUACACUUUACGGUCUUGUUAUUGUACCGGUGAGCACUUUCAAACAAGUUAUUUUUCACUUUAACACACUGAAAAGAAAUACUGGUAUUAAACUGACUUACUCUAAGCAGGAUGGUGAGCAAGUAUAUAACCUUCAGCUGAAUGUAGCAACCUUCAAGUGUGAUUAUAUGUAGUUUUUGCUGCUUUAUAUAAAACACAAGCAGAUAUGUCUUGUCUAUUGUUAUCUAGAUAUUCAGCACUUUGUAAGUCCUUAUUGUUCACAAAAAAACAAAAAGCAAUAUUUUUUCAGUGACAUAUUUUCAAACUAUAACACUUUUUUGAAAUGUAUUACAAAAAAAGAACAUAAGAAUGAAAGGAGAAUUAGAGAUAUUUAUGGAAUAUCCACAAGGCUAAAAAGGGUUUAUAAUGGCACAGAUUGGCCAGUCUGCUGUCAAAACCUUUAAUGGCAUGCAAGUCAACUAUCAUGUCACAAUACCAUCAAUAAGGGCUUAACAGUGCUGAGUAUGCAUUAUCUGAUGUAGCCUUGCAUGUACGUUUUGGAGUGGUUCACAUAAAAAUAUAUAUGCACACAAUUCCUGAAGAUGUAUUUAUUUUUACAUGUAAAUACCAGCUAUUUGCAAGCAAUUGUGUCAAAGUUAUUCUUAAAUACAACACUGGAGUCCCUGAUUCUUUGACAGAGUCUUUGCCAGAUCUCCAUAUAGAGUGUUUUUACUAUUAUAAAAGAGGAAACGCUU